CAUUCAUUCAUUCACAAAAUCGACACCGAAAAAGGGAGAGAGGCAGAGAGCAAGCUCUCACUAUAAAUGCGGGACUCUCUUCCGAACUUCCCUCUCCAUUAUUACCUCUUUUCUUUUCUCUCGCAAAUCUCUGUGUUUUCUUCUUCAUCCCUCCACUUCUCCCUUGGGUUCUUGGGAUAAUCUGGGUACCUCCGUCUUGACCUGUAUUGAAUUCCAGGUCAUAUAGCCAUGUCUACAUAUACUCCAAAGAACAUCUUAAUUACUGGUGCAGCUGGGUUCAUCGCAUCCCAUGUCUGCAAUCGGCUGAUCCGCAACUACCCAGAUUACAAAAUUGUUGUCUUGGACAAGCUCGAUUAUUGCUCGAACCUGAAGAACCUCCUUCCUUCAAAAUCAUCUGCCAACUUCAAGUUUGUCAAGGGGGACAUUGGCAGUGCAGACCUUGUCAACUUCCUUCUCAUUACCGAAUCUAUCGACACAAUUAUGCACUUUGCUGCCCAAACUCAUGUCGACAACUCAUUUGGCAACAGCUUCGAGUUCACCAAGAACAACAUCUAUGGCACCCAUGUUCUCUUGGAGGCCUGCAAAGUCACCGGUCAGAUCAGGAGGUUCAUCCACGUGAGCACUGAUGAAGUCUAUGGGGAGACUGAUGAAGAUGCCGUUGUAGGAAACCACGAGGCUUCACAGCUUCUUCCGACGAACCCUUAUUCUGCAACAAAAGCUGGUGCUGAGAUGCUUGUGAUGGCUUAUGGUAGGUCCUAUGGGUUACCUGUGAUCACGACUCGUGGGAACAAUGUGUAUGGACCUAAUCAGUUUCCUGAGAAGCUGAUUCCUAAGUUCAUCCUCUUGGCUAUGAGAGGGAUGCCUCUUCCGAUCCACGGGGAUGGUUCAAAUGUGAGGAGCUACUUGUACUGUGAGGAUGUAGCGGAGGCUUUUGAGUGCAUCCUUCACAAGGGAGAGGUUGGCCAUGUGUACAACAUUGGGACAAAGAGAGAGAGGAGAGUCAUUGAUGUUGCCAAAGAUAUAUGCAAGCUUUUCUCUAUGAAUCCCGAGUCGAGCAUCAAGUACGUUGAGAACAGACCAUUUAACGACCAGAGGUACUUCCUUGAUGAUGAGAAGCUGAAAAUUUUGGGCUGGUCAGAAAGAACUAUUUGGGAGGAAGGGUUGAAGAAGACUAUUGAGUGGUACACUCAAAAUCCUGAUUGGUGGGGUGAUGUCUCGGGUGCCUUGCUUCCUCACCCAAGAAUGCUGAUGAUGCCUGGUGGAAGACACUUUGAUGGUUCUGAAGAUGGAAAAUCGGGUUCUUCUGCCCCAAACUCUUCUUCUAGUCAGCCCAAGAUGGUGGUUCCAGUUCCUAAAACUGGAACCACUACUCCAGCAGCUUCUUCUAACAAGGCUCCUCUUAAGUUUUUGAUCUAUGGUAGGACAGGGUGGAUUGGCGGUCUCCUUGGGAAGUUAUGUGAGAAGCAAGGGAUUUCAUAUGAAUAUGGAAAGGGUCGUUUGGAAGAUCGUUCAUCGCUUUUGGCAGAUAUUGUCAAUGUCAAACCCACUCAUGUAUUUAAUGCUGCUGGUGUUACUGGUAGACCAAAUGUCGAUUGGUGUGAAUCGCACAAAACAGAGACCAUUCGGGCUAAUGUUGCUGGUACGUUAACGUUAGCUGAUGUUUGCAGAGAGCAGAACCUCAUCGUGAUAAACUACGCUACAGGCUGUAUAUUUGAAUACGAUACUGCUCACAAGCAAGGCUCUGGGAUUGGGUUUAAGGAGGAAGAUAAACCAAACUUUACUGGUUCUUUCUACUCAAAAACUAAGGCCAUGGUUGAGGAGCUGUUGAAAGAGUACGAGAACGUGUGCACACUCAGGGUGAGAAUGCCAAUAUCAUCAGACCUAAACAACCCACGAAACUUCAUCACAAAGAUCUCUCGAUAUAGCAAAGUGGUCAACAUCCCAAACAGCAUGACCAUUCUGGACGAGCUUCUACCCAUCUCCAUCGAGAUGGCGAAAAGGAACUUGAGGGGGAUCUGGAACUUCACAAACCCGGGUGCGGUCAGCCACAAUGAGAUCCUAGAGAUGUACAAGAAGUACAUCGACCCUAAGUUCACAUGGACCAAUUUCACCUUAGAGGAGCAAGCCAAGGUCAUAGUUGCACCGAGAAGCAACAACGAGAUGGAUGCCUCCAAGUUGAAGAAGGAGUUCCCAGAGUUGCUGGGGAUCAAGGAGUCCUUGAUCAAGUAUGUGUUCGAGCCCAACAAGAGAACAUAGGGACCUCCAUCGAAGGAGAAGAAUCUGGUUUGAAGACAUCUUAGUUUGGUGCAAAUAAUGGUUCGUGUUGGUGGGUGGCUCAGGGGGGUAAACGAGUGUUUAGCAUACUAGGGUUAUAUCUUUUGCUUACACAUUAUUCAUUUCCUCUGGAGCUUCAGUUUCAUUAUUUUUAUUCUUCAGCAGCCAUAUUCUGAGAACUCUGAUGGUAAUGUGUUUCUAGUAGGGGUAAGAGGCAUAUGCUAGAGUGAUGAUUUAUUUGUGUUGUAUUCUUUAGCUUUAGCAUAGUGAGUGAGGCAGAGUCAGUUCAGCCAGUUGACUCCUACUGUCAUUUGGUUGCUUCUGCAAACUAAUAUGCAGUUUGUUAGUUAAGUGACUUAUCUUUCAACACAUUUAUGUUCCACAGUUGUUUCUUUCCCAUGAAUUGGUCUUUAGACUUCUGAUUCCUUAGCAGUUGAUGAAUGAGCAGGAGUUGCUAGUUGGUGUUUCUAGGGAUUCUCCGGUUUUCCAAGUUUAGUUUACAUAUAUUG